AUGAGCCUAUUCGUCGAUUUGCGUCAGAUAAAAACAUCUGUAGCCAAUCUUUCAGAAAUGGUUGACAAUAUAUCCAAAGCGAAUGCCCGAAAACAAAGCGUCGAUUCUGCGUUUACAUACAGACCGUUGGGGCUUGGUGUACGUUUCUCCCAAAGCCAAGAACACAUUGAUAUGCCGUCCAGACUGCGAAGUCACAUGUCACUACCGAAUCUGGGUAAAUGCGAGCCGGAGAAAUCUCGUUUUGAUAACCCCAAAAUAGUAGAAAUUGAUAAUGAAUCCUCAACUGACAAAUUUAACGGAUUGAUUGUUGCCUCGCUGAACAAGCGACCGUUCUUCGACGACAGCGCUGAAACCCAUCCCAUGGACUUCCUGGAGAACGUUAAGUAUUAUAUUUCCGAACUAAACAUACCAGAGGAGAAACAGUUUCCAUUCAUUAUAUCCUGUCUCGGUGGUUUACCACUCAUGUGGCUGCGUUGUUUCAAAAGCGAGUUCAAAACAGUUGAAAACUUCUACUCCGCCUUCGAAGAGGAGUUCUGGGGACCAAAUAGACAAAAGGCAGUUCUGUAUGAUAUGAAACUGGGGAAGUACGAUGAAAGCGAUACGCGGAGUAUGUCCGAAUAUUUUUUAUGUAAAGUAUCGAAUUAUAAGCAUUUAAAUCCACCAGCAUCUGAUUUGGAAAUUGUUUACUCUCUCGCUGCUCACUUCCCUUCUGCGGUAGAGUUGGAAUUGCGUUUAACUCCAAAACCGAGUCUCCGCGAAGCGUAUGGUCUACUCCGUAGAAGGGAAGGGGAGGGGAAUGAUUUCCUUCCUAAUUAUUUGUAUGAAAUGUGCGAGGCAUUUCAACGAGGAAUACGACCGGAAUCUGCUAGACGCAAUGAUAUUUCCCAGGAUACACAACGAACUAAAUAA